AUGCUGAAAGCAACCUCAAAAGAUGCAGAGUCGUGGAUAAAAGCGAAACUGGUUGACUUGGAGCGUCAAUACCGAAUAACACCAUCGAAACAAAAGUCACUUCUCACUCCCAAGCAUUUAUCCACUUUAAAAGAAUUAAAGGACAAGUCCGAUUUGGUCAUUCUAAACCCUGAUAAAAGUUCUGGGGCUGUCCUGAUGGACCGUGCAGAUUACCAACGAAAGAUGGAAUGUAUCCUCAAUGACCCAAGCAAGUUCUUACGAAAAAAAGCAUGUGAUGACCCCAAAGAGCUGGAACGGAAAAUUGCCUCUGAAGUUCAGUUUCUAUUUGGACAUUUCAUCCAUUAG